CUGUGAACGAGAACGGACAAUAUCAUGGAGUCCAUUAAUCCAGAAAAUUUUUCAAUCUGCGAGGAAAAAAAUAUAUCAGCCAGUAAUAAUCCCUCGUGUUCCAAAACAAAAGAUGAAGCUGUGGAUGAGAAUUCGAAUGUCAUUGAACUAAUGGAGGAGCAGCCAACACCAGGGGAUUGCGUAUUGUCUCUCCUUCCUGGAAUAACGACCUUGAAGAUCGAAUCACCUGGUAUUUACCACGUAUUCGGAAAAGUGGAGAACAUCAUAGAAUCGAUGCAUCUGGCCCUCGUCCAGGCGACGAGCAAUGCAGUUUUCCUGGACAUUGAUACUCCAGUCUUCGUUGUUCUCCCCUCAUCCCUGGAGGAUGAUUCAAAUCCGGAGUACGUACUCCUCGGGGAAGUCGACGACGUCUUCGGACCCGUGGGAAGUCCCACGUACUCCGUCAAACUGAUGGGAAGUAUCGAUAAAUCGAACCUCAUCGACAGCUUUGUUUAUUUACUUUCCAAUCAUCCCAACACGAAUCUUCUUCGAGUCGAGAGCACUAGAGAUAAAAAAUACAAUAUUGUCAGUGCACAACGAUUUUAUGACGCAUGAUCGUCCUUUUUUGCGGGCACUAACAAUUUCCCUUCAAUUUUUUAAUAACUUUUUCUCUAAAACAGAUUCAUUUUUAUAUUUACCAAAAAAUUAUUUCUGU